AUGUGCCAGCAUGCAGUCCACCUACUGGAUCAAGGGAGCAAGUGGUGUCCUUUUCCAAUGGUGAGGGUUGCAUCAUCACAAGAAACUGCACUAUAUACUGCUACAGGACAUGGAGGACCCACUGCUGAGGACUUCCAUUUGGAUUUCCAUGGAGCACUUUCUUCAGACUGGAACAAACAUGCUAUGGAAGUCUUUGCAUCUCACUUCUUUGAAUGUGGAUGGUAUGGAUCUCCAAACAAACACACUAUUAAGAAGGUCUUCCAGACUCACUUGCACACCCUACAUGUGCAGUACAUGAAUUUGCAAGCUGAUAGUGAUCCUGACCAUGAGCAGCUGCAAAUCAAGCAUGACAAAGAAAAAGAGAAUGCAAGAGAUCAGAGGCACCACUCAGUAAGACUUUCUGACAUGCUGCAACACCAUUGGGCUAACACUUGCUUGGCACAUCCAGACCUCACACCCUUUAAGCUCCUUUGGAAAACCCUGCCCCACAAUGCGAUGAGUGGCAAUGUGUCCAACCACCUGCCUGGUGUGAAGUGGUAUGCCAUUAUGCAACUUAACUGGCACUCUCAGAUGGCUACUGAUUGGCUACAAGUAUUUGAUUUUAUUCAUCUUUCCACCUCCAAACAGGGUGCUUUCCCACAUGUAUGGGUCUCUUCAUGCCAGGUGGAAUUGUCAGGUGUGGCAGUCCCUGGUUUACCAAGCAAUUUCUAUGAUAGCACCUGGCUCCUGCAUCUGGAUGAUGGUGAUAAAGCCAGGCUUAAUGUACUCCCAGAGAUGGAUUUAUCACACACAGAGGCUAUUUUGAGGUAA